AUGGGAAUAGAGAAAACAAAACUGCAUGGCAUGGCAAGUGGUGCCGAACGAGCGAGUAGAGGACAGGAUGAAGAGGAACAGAGGAACGAAAAGGAGCGCCGAGCGAGGUUCGGUGUAGUUGCAGUGAUACCUCAGACAAUGCUCAUUCACAAUCGAAUUAACGCAAAUUCUAAUCUGGGAAAGAAAAUGAAAAAAAAUUUCAACUUUUGA